AUGGUCCAUAGCGUCCAACUAACAAGAUCCGUACCUAAAAUUCCGGGAAUAAACAACCCCAUCAUCGGAUUUUCAGAAGAUGAUGCUCGGAGACUUCACCAUCCGCACGACGACGCAUUUGUGGUCAGCUUGCAAAUAGGAGAUUAUAACAUGCAUCGGGUCCUUGUCGACAACGGCAGCUCAACGGAUAUCCUAUACUACCCGGCAUUCCAGCAAAUGAGGAUUGAUAUGGAACAGUUAACCCCAACAAAUGCCCUGCUCAUGGGAUUUGGAGGAACGAAGGUGUUCCCCUUAGGCGCAAUCACACUAUCUAUGACGGCAGGUGACUAUCCCCAACAGAUCACUAGGGAGGUGACGUUUCUCGUAGUCGACUGCUCAUCCGCCUACAAUGCCAUUCUCAGACGGCCCACUCUCAAUUCUUGGAAGGCAGCGACUUCAACAUACCACUUGAUGAUUAAAUUCCCAACGGAUUACGGGGUAGGAGAACUACGGGGAAAUCAAGUAGCGGUGCGGGAAUGCUAUAUUGCCAUGUUAGAGAUGGAGGAUCAACAGCAAACGAUGUGUAUCAGAGAGUAA